AUGUUUAAAGGGUUAAGGAAGAAAGCAUCUAUUCUAUCAAUAUCUUCUAUAACAUCAACUCAAUCCACAUCGUCUAACGGAUCAAAUGCAGAUGGGAGUUACGAUAAGAUACUAGCACAAGUUUAUGACUUUGAGGUUGCUCUUAAGGCAAUGGAUUAUUUGUUGGACGAUAGAACUAAGCAAGGUACUGAUCUAUUACAGGAUGAAGCCAACAAGAAUAAAGAUUCAACCCAACCCCAUGCUAUUUUCCCUUUGGCAUUAGGGGUUAUGGAAUUCAUUGAAGCUACUUUGGGUUUUGAACCAGAAGUCAUGGCUAAGGCUCAUAAAACAUUAUCAGAAGCAGAAAAUGCAUCUUUGAAUAAUUCAAAAUACAAUGUGAGAUAUAGAUUGGCCACGUCAUUGAUCUAUCCACCAGGAACCGAGUUUGAAGUCACCUAUGCUGAGUCGACAUUGUUGAAUGCCUUAUUAAUGUUAUUGACAGAAAAUAAUGGUAUGGUUGAAAGUGUCAAGGCGUUGUAUAAAUUACGUCGUGCUUACCAGACGUUAGACGCCGUCUACAGGAAAAUUAAAGAACUGGAACCUACCUUCAAUAAGAAUUUGGCAAAAUUAAAGAAAGAAGCUGCCGCUGCUGCUGCAGUUCCUUCAUUAAAUAAUGGCACCUCAAAGUCAGGUAAUACAAUUUUCUUAAAUAACCAGUCAAUCAGUACUGUUGAUCUACCGGGUUAUAGUUCCCAGUCCAGUUCUUCUGCUUCUUUGCCACAAGACAUAGCGUUGAUGAAAAAUUUGGAAAAAGUUUACAAUAUGAGAAAAGCGAGAAUUGAAGGUGCCAGCUUGGGAAACAAUGUUGACCCAGAAAAGGUUAAUUUGUUUGGUGAUCUGAAUAGUUCUCUCACAUUGGCCAAACAGAACAACAACACCAAUAUACCUAAGGAUUCCAUUGAAACCCCACGCGAAGUUGACGAAGAAAAUGAAAGCGAUGACGAACGUGAAGAUGAAGAGGACGACGAUUUUUGUGAUGCUCUGGAGGAUUUUGAGGAUUCACAGGACCAUACUCUCCCGCCACCAGCAACUGAUUCUAGUGCCCAAUCUGUUCUUUCUUCAAUUGAGACAACCCCAAGUGGUUCUCAGAAUGCCUCAGAUAAUCACUUGCAUGUUUCUACUGUUGAUGAAUACAUUCAUUCAGGUGUUCAAUUAUGUUUUGGUAUCUUGCAAGUUGUUUUGUCGUUGAUUCCACCUGCUAUUGGUAAAGUAUUAUCAAUUGUUGGUUUUAAAGGUGACAGGGAAAUUGGGUUAAAGUUGUUGUGGAGAACUGCAAUUACCUGUAGAAAUAUUCACGGUGAGUUGGCUUUAUUGUUCCUUUUGGUGUUUUAUGAUGGUCCGGUACAAUUCGUUGACACUGGAUUUCAACUACCAAAUAGCAAUCUGGCAAAAAGUAUUAUUACUUUGGACAACAAAGCAACUGUUUCUGAUUCUGAGUUGGAUAAGAUUUUGGAUAGCCCUGAGCUUUAUACCAGUCAGUUAUUAAGACGAGCAAGAAGAAUGUUUCCCCAUAACGCUCUUUGGAUCUUACAAGAGGGAAGAAUGUUGGCUGCUGAAGGUAAAUUGGCCGAAGCGUCUAAAACCAUGCAAGAUUUCACCGACGAUCCAGCUACCAAGAUCCAAAUGCAGCAAGCUGAAGCAUUGUUGAUUUUUGACAGGUCGAUGAUUUACAUUUUCCAACACGAAUAUGAUAAAGCUGCUAAAGAUUUGAUUUAUUUGAUUGAAAUCAAUUCUUGGUCUAAAGCAGUUUAUUUGUUUAUGGCAGCUUCCUGUUAUUUAGAGAAAUACAGAAUGAUUAAAAUGGGAGUCAUACAAGUAGAUGAUAAAGCAAAAGAAAUGGCUAAAUAUUCCGCACUUUUUGAUAAAUACCUUGAUCUUUCGUUGAGUUACGUCCCAGGUGUUGGCCGUAAUGCUGUUGGUAAGAAAGGUGGUAUUGGUGGUAGCAACAAACAAAUGCCAUUUGAUAAAUUUUUGUUGCGUAAGAAUAAGCAUCUUGAAGCGGCAAAGAAGCAGUAUCCAAACUUACCAAAUGUUGACUUGGUGGGAACUUCAUUAAUUCAUGAAUUGGUUUAUUUCUGGAAUGGGUACAAUAGAAUGACACGUCAACAUUUGGAAGUUGCCUUGAAAAUGUUGGGUUACUCUGGUGCUCCAAACUCUGAUAACUCAGCUAACACAAAAGAAAAUUCAUAUGCUUUAAUUGAAGAAACAGACGAUGAAGCAAUGAUCAGACAUUUUUUGCAGUCGAUUGCCAUGCGACAAUUAGGACAUGUCGAAGAUGGUUUGAAAUUAUUGAACAACCAUGUCAUUUCCAAGUAUGUGAUUAAUGAUUCACUUCACCAAUUUAGAUUUAACAAAUUGACUUAUAGUCCUUAUCUUUAUCCAACAGCUUUGUAUGAGAAGACUAUGUUUACUUGGUUAUUGGGAACUGGUCCAUCUAGCAAGAUUGAUCCUCGCCAGGCUGCACAAGAAAGUAGAAGCUGGCUUAAAAGAGCUGAAAUUGUUGGUGAAGGUGAUUACGAAUUAAGUAAUAGAACUGGUAUGAGAAUUAAAGCAGCCGGAGAUAGAUUAGAUCAAUUAGCAAAUCUUUAG